CACUUCUGCAUUCAUUCAAUUGGAUUCAACAAAAGACCACCAUGUUUCGCCUAAGUUUAUUAGCCAUUUUAUUCCUUGGUCUGACCGUUGUAAUCCUUUCUUACGAAAUGGACUCACUCUCUUUACAGGAGCGGUACGACAGGGAGCGGUUCAAUAUAAGCAAAAAAAUUUGUCUUCAAACUUCGGAAUAUGGAAAGUGCAAAGGGCGCCGGAAAAUGUGGUACUACAAUGUCAACAAAUUCAAGUGUCAAAAGUUUACCUACUCCAAUUGCGGUGGCAAUGGAAAUCUUUUCUAUACCAACGAAAGUUGCACGAACUUCUGUAAUUAUAACUGGAAGACGGGUCAUAAGAUAGGACAUCAAAGUAAGGACGCUGCAAAAAGUAAGGCUGCAAAAUCAUCAAAAGAUCAAAAGAAAAUUUGAAUAAUUUUAAUAAAAAUGUAAAAUUUAACUAACAACCCAA